CGCUGGGCGAGGUCGUGCGCCCAGUCGGCAUUAAUGGAGCGCCUGCUGCAUGCGUGCGGGGGGUGGGGAGGAGGGGCCAGGGGCGCGUCCCUGGUUUCUUCCGUGAAAAGGGGGCGCAGAGACACGGUCAUUCCCGGCGAAGCGUCUAGGGGAGGACCUCCGAUCGGAAGCGAGUCCUUGGAGCUGGUGCGUGUGUCUCUUCAGUGGCAAAGGUUUCAUACCGCCGUGAGUCACCACAAGGGUCGGACCGCUGCUGAGCACCUGUGGCUGACACGCCAUUUGAGGGACCCGUUUGUGAAGGCUGCGAAGGUGGAGAGUUACCGGUGCCGCAGUGCCUUCAAGCUUCUGGAGGUGAACGAGAGGCACAAGAUCCUGCGGCCCGGCCUGCGUGUGUUGGACUGUGGGGCGGCACCUGGGGGGUGGAGCCAGGUGGCCGUGCAGAAGGUCAACGGAGGGGGCACAGAUCCUGGUGCUCCUGUGGGCUUUGUGCUUGGGGUAGACCUACUUCACAUAUUCCCCCUGGAGGGGGCAACUUUUCUGUGCCCUGCUGAUGUGACUGACCCGAGAACCAUCCAGAGGGUCCACGAGCUGCUUCCUGGCGGGAGAGCAGAUGUGAUUCUGAGUGACAUGGCACCCAAUGCCACGGGGAUCAGGAGCCUGGAUCACGACAGGCUCAUCAGCCUGUGCUCAACCCUUCUGGACAUGGCUCCAGAUGUCCUGCGCCCCGGCGGGACAUUCCUCUGCAAAACGUGGGCUGGGAGUCAAAGCCUUGGGUUACAGAAGAGACUGGCGGAGCAGUUCCAGAACACCAGGACUGUGAAGCCUCGAGCCAGCAGGAAGGAGUCCUCAGAGGUGUACCUCUUGGCUACACAGUACCAGAGAGCGAAGCGGCCUGUGGAGGACUGAGGGCUGCCUCCAACAUUUGUGGCCCUUGUUCCCUACAAGUGUGGUCUGGGCUCUUUCCCGGAGUGUGGCUGGAGGGGUCCGAGCUGGUUCGGGACUUGGCCGGCAGAAGAGGGUGGGGCCUUUCUUAUAAACCACAAGCGUAUUCACUGGCCAGGAUAUAUGAUAAACAACAGUCUCUACAACAUGAUUUCAUGGCCGAGAUGAAGGAUGAAAAGACAGCAGGAAGGAGAACCCAGACAUGCACCUUCGUGGAACUCCCGGCUCUCAGGCUGGUAGUGAGGAACAGAGAAAGUUUCCACCGAUGCUCCCAGAAGGCAGCACCCAGGCUGUGGUUAUACAGUUAGCGAAUGCGAAUGAAAAUCCAAAAUUUUGACCUGAGGAUUGAUUUCCAUCUCUGGUGAAUGAGGUGGAAAUGAACCCCUUCAAGCAGCGGGAGUUCCCCGGGGGCAAUUCGGGAAGAAGUUCCUGUGAAUUAUGCAGGGGGUGGCCUUUGUUUUGUGUGGGAAAUCCACCUUGCCGAAGUAAGGGGCCCUGUGGGGUGCCCAUUUAUUUCCUUCUACCCUCUUCCAGGAACUUGAUGCAGCUCUGUGAAACAACACACGAUGUAUUUAUUUCAGGGAUUUCCAUGCUUUGAAGUUUGUUUUUAUAAAAAUUGUUUCUUCAAAGCCAUUUCCUAUUAAAAAAAUUUAAAAAGGGG